AUGGAAUACGCAAAUCAGUGUUGGAACCCAUACCUGAAAAAGGACAAGAUCAUGAUUGAGAACGUUCAACGGCGGGCGACAAGACUGGUCGCAAACAUACAAGAACUUAGUUACCCGGAAAGACUGAAAGCUCUGAAACUGCCAACGCUGGAGUAUAGAAGGAAGCGCGGAAGAAUGAUAGAAGUCUUCAAAAUUUUGAAUGGAAUGUACGAUGCCGCAGCAACGGAAGGACUGCUUACGAUCAAUGAAAGAGACACCCGAGGAAACCCGUACAAAAUUUUUACGAAGAAAACCAAAACAACAGCAAGACAAAACUUCUUCAUUAUCGCAGCCAUUAACGACUGGAACUCAUUGCCUGAAAGAAUAAUAUCGAGCGAGAACGUCAACAUAGUCAAAGCAAGACUUGACAUACUAUGGUCCGAAAUAUUUAUGUGCGGGAUAUUUUGCAGCAUAUCCGUUCAGUGCUCAAGUGCUCCAGACUUUGAUAAGAGUGUGCUUCAGAGACGAGGACCUGAUUCGAUAGAUUAUGUCUCAACUGUCUUUUCGAGUUCAAGUGUAAUGUUGUGCGCCUGUGUUCUUCAUAUUCGCGGAGAAACUUUGGUGCACCAACCUUUGACAGAUAUUAAUGGAUCGAAAAAUACGCUUCUAUUCUGUGGGGAGCUGUAUGAUGAUGAUCGUUUUUCAGAAAGUGAUACCGAUCGUUUUUUCAGUCUCUUGACAGAUGGUGUUGAUUCUGAUGUUUUGGCAACCUGCAAAAAUCUGAAAGGAGAAUUUGCGUUCAUUUUCUUGGAAGUUGAUAAACAAAUUGUGUGGUUUGGAAGAGACAUUUUUGGCCGUCGGAGCUUGAUUUUUGAAUGUACAGAAAGCUCCAAGGACUUCAGAUUGACAUCGACUUGUGAUGGCAAUUCUAAAGGCUUUGAAGUGCCGUGUGAAGGCAUUUUCGGACUUCAACUCAUUGACGGAUAUUCGUUACAGUUUUACCCAUACAAUUCCUCAUUUAAUAUAGCAGCUUCAAACUUCAGCGAAUCUUGGAACCAAAUUCAGAGUGUUUUUGGCAAAGAGACGAUCACUAGACGCUUUGUUUUCGUCGAAGAUUUUUUCUUGGACGAGUCAAUACAGUGGAAUCAUUCUACAUGUUGCAACAACAUCUGCAAAUGCGAUCGUUUCCCAUCACUAGAGGAUGAUGAAAUGAAGCGAACUCUUUGUAGUUUUUACCAAUAUUUGCAGAAAGCAGUACAACGAAGAGUUUUGUCUAUUCGCAGUAGCCUGCGUUGUGGAAUUUUGUUUAGUGGUGGCUUAGAUUCUGCCGUGCUUGCCGCAUUGAUGGACCAGUUCUACGACAAGGAGCGCGAGAUUGAGUUGAUUAAUGUUGCUUUUGAAGUGAAUGGCCAAUUCGAGACACCAGACCGAAAGACUAGCGUGAAGGCUUUGAUAGAAUUGGAAAAAAUAGCCCCGAACAGAACAUGGAAACUGAUUUUCGUAAAUAUCACAAAAGCGGAGCUUCAAGAUGCACGAACACAGUAUAUCAGCAGAGUUUUGUAUCCUUGUGAAAGCGUGUUAGAUGACAGCAUAGGAUGCUCCCUGUGGUUUGCGGCUAAAGGGGCGUGCUCAACUGUCCUUUUGUCUGGAAUCGGGGCGGACGAGCAACUGGGGGGAUACUCAAGACACAGGGGGGCGUUUGAGAAAGGAGGCUGGAAGUGUAUGCACGAGGAAAUGAGGCAAGACUUGAUGAGAAUUGGAGCUAGAAACAUGGGGAGAGACGAUAGGGUAAUUGCCGACCAUGGGAAAGAACUACGGAUGCCUUUUUUAGAUGAAGACUUGGUAGCUUUUCUCAGUAAUCUUGCCCCAUGGUACAAAACGAACCCGCUCGGAUCUAGAGAGACAGGGGACAAGGCUCUAUUACGAUUAGUUGCCAAAGAUUUGGGACUACAUGAGGUGUCUUCAUUUGCAAAGCGCGCAAUUCAAUUCGGAUCGAGAAUUGCAAAAUUAGAGAGCAAGUCGGAAAAAGGGUCCGAUGUCUGCUCUAGACUGAAAUGAAACAAAUGCGGACUGUUUCAAAAGAGGACGCUAAGUAAUAUCUAUUUCAAUUUAAUCUGUCUCUAAAGAA